AUGUCUUCUCUCUGCAAAUAUUCUGAGGCAUGUGUGCUAAGAGAAAAGCACUUCCCUAAGAUUUGCAUGCAGCUACAAAUCAAUAAUGAUGCAAUAAUUAACUUAACUCCAGUGAGAGGGCAUAAUUAUGAAAAGGUGCAAGAUUUCUAUGAGAAAUUAAGCAAGAAUUUCGGUGCAAUUCAAACUCUGGGAGACGGUGAAAAACUUUCCGGAUUUGUUAUGACCACUAUCAACAAGUUGCCACACAUAAAAGCUGACUUGGUUCGAGCAGAUGAUGACUGGGAAGAAUGGUCCAUGGAAGUACUAUUACUGAAUUUGCAAAAGUGGCUUCGACGAAAUAAAGUGGAAGAUACGAGCAAUCAGAAAGAAACCAGAUACAAGAAACCAGAAGGACACUGGUAUCAAAAGUCAUCUGGACCCCCAAAACCUCACUGUGUUUUUUGUUCGAAUAAUGAACACUGGAGUGAUCAAUGCAAAACAGUGAAACGAUUGGCCGACCGAAAGAAAUUCUUUGCUGAGAAGAAUCUGUGUUUUAACUGUGGUCGCACUGGGCACAGGGGAAAUCAAUGUCGAAGUCGUGGUUGCCUGAAGUGUAAGGCCAGACAUCACACAAGCCUGUGUGAUAAGAAUGAAGAUGACCAGGAGAACAAGUUAGUAACUGGAUUUACCACUAUAACUGAGGAGAAAUCGCUUCCAGCCAUUGUACCUGUCAAGAUAAAGGGACAAACCCUGUGGGCAUAUCUCGACACUGGUUCAGGUCGAGACUUUAUUUCACGCGAGGCUGUAAAGAAACUCAAUUUGAAUCCAACACAUCACGAAUCCCACGAGAUUGUAACCGUGACUGGCACCUCGACUCAAGCCAUGCCUAUUUUCCAAACAACCAUAAAUUCUCUUGAUGGGAAAGUACAUGAAGAUAUUGAAUUGACCGGUUCCAGACUCAAAAAUUUUACCACAGUUAAAAGACCAGAUAUGAAUGAACUCAAGAAGAAAUACACCCAUAUGCAAGACAAAGGAUUUUACAUGACCAGCGAUGGAGAACAUCCAAUUCAUAUCAUCCUCGGUGAUGGCACAUACAGCAGAAUUCGAACUGAGAAAGUUUACAAAGGUAAUCCUGGAGAUCCUUUGGUGGAAGAGACAACAUUCGGAUGGGUUGUUCAUGGUGGUGAGAAUUAUUCGAGCGAUGCCUGUAUGUACACUAGAGAGGUUAACGAUUACGAACAGUUAUAUAGUCUUGAUGUUCUCGGAGUUGAAGAUCGUGGUGAAAAUGACCAAAUGCAAGUGCUUGCUGAGUUUCGAGAGAACAUAACUAGACAAGAUGAUGGCAGAUACAAAGUCAGCAUACCAUGGAUUCCAGGGAGUAAGUUAACAACCACAAACGAACAGCAAGGCAGAAGACGACUGAGCAACGUGAACAAAAAGUUGGCGAAAGAUGAAAACCUGAAGCAAGAGUAUGAGAAGAUUAUCGAGGAUCAGUUAGCAAGCGGUGUGAUUGAGAAAGCCCCAGACGAGCCAUCAGGAGAGCGAGUGUACUACAUGCCACAUAAGCCAGUCGUAAGGCAAGAUGCAUCAACCACCAAAGUGCGAAUGGUUUUUGACGCGAGCUCCAAACCCCAUCCACUGGCAUCCAGUAUCAAUAAUUGUAUGUUUACUGGGCCUUCCCUCCAACCGCUGUUGUGGGAUAUCAUGGUACGAGCAAGAAUGUCGUCAAAUCUGCUUGGUCAUGUAUGGGACAGGCGAGCAGAUACUCUGGAAAUACAAGUACCAGCAUUACCCGAGACUAAUUCAGUUACGAAACGAAGUAUCUUGAGUCAGCUUGGCAAAGUGUACGAUCCAUUGGGAAUAAUAUCACCCACGAUGGCCGAAGGAAAACACAUUUAUAGAGAGGCUUGUGAAGAAAAAAAAGGAUGGAAUGCUGAAGUUUUGCCAGAAUUGAAGAAACAGUGGCACAAAUGGAACAAACAACUAAAGAACGUGGAAGUACCGAGGAGCUUAACAGGGAAUUCAAAAGAAACGAAGGCGCGUGUUCUGCAGUAA